UUGUAAUCUGUCGGAUAUAAUCACAUAAAGAGGAAAAUCUCUUUUCAAGGGUUUUUCGCUAUUCGUUUAACACAGUAAAACCAGGUGUCCUCAGUAACGAUUCAUUUCAUCGGCAGUGAAAGUGGCAGAUCUGAAGUGAUCGUUGAAAAAAGUGGAGGGACAGUUGUUAGCAGCAGCAGACGGACAAUUUAUCGUGCUAUAAAUAAACUUGAGGAGCUGCUGGAAUGUGCACAGGAGAGUGACUGAAGCUUAUUAGGAGCAGUAUCCCUACUUAAAGUUGGCCUGGUGACACAUGUUUGUUUGUGAUGUUGGGGGAGCGGCCCGGGUCCCUGCCCCACCCACCAUGUGUCAGCCAUGACUGAUAUGGACAAACACAUCAAACAGACCAAUGACAGACUACAUUGUAUUAGACAGCAACUUCAAACUCCAGGGGGGUUCCAGAAUGCAGCACGGGAACUGCUCGAGUGGUGUUCCGAUGUCAGAGCCUUUCAGGGACAGUUUGAAAACAUUCUCAUAGCUUGUCUUACCGUCGUGAGUCGUGUUGCAGCUCAGCCAGGGUUUGAUUUAGAUCUUGGGUACAGGUUGUUGGCAGUUUGUGCAUCAAACAGGGAAAAGUUUUCUCAGAAAGCGGCAGGUCUUCUGUCUACAUGGUGUGAGGAGCUAGGUCAACAGUUGCUGGUGCGGCACGAACAAUCCAGCCCACCAGACAGACGGACAAACGGUCCCGGGGACAUGCACCCCCACCUCCAGAAACCAAUGGGGGCAAUGGGAGUAUGUGACCCGAAUGUUGGAUGGCAAGGCCAGGGCGGGGCGGGCCCUCAGCAGUCAUUGUCCGUGGUAACCACGGUGUGGGGGGUGACGCCCACCACACAGACGACGCCCUACAACCACAGCACCCCUAGUGGCUACAACCACACAAGCACUACCAUGUCCAACACUAACUACACACAACCACCUCAGGGAUUUCCGGGCAACCAAAUGCAGAAAGCUGGUUACGAGAGCAACACGGCACUUUACCACCGCAGCAACUCAUACCCAUGUCAGAGUGGUUAUCCUCCAACUCCAAACACUCCUGGGUCCAACAACCCUGUUUCCAUGCCAAAGAAUGACAACUACCACGCCCCUCAAGCAGCCCUCUCUGCGGCUGCCCUCGUAGCAGCAACAGCCACUGCAACAGCGACAGCAACAGCCACCUUGAUACAGGAGCAGCAGAACCAACAGCAAUAUGAUAUGCAGUACAACAAUCAAUACAACUCUCAGAUGCAGAUGGGACCAGGAAGCCAGCCCCCACAGUACAAUAGCCAGGGGUAUGGGGGGAUGCCUCAACGCCACCCAAAUCCCAUGGGGAUGGGUCGCACGCCUGGUCCGGGCCCAGGACCCAUCAAGAACAAUAUGAUUGGGGGCAUGUACCAGCGGCGGUCUGCCUCUGCUCCCUAUCCCCCACAGAUGAUGAACAAGAUGCAGGGCAUGCCCAACACCCGCCCUAUGUCACAGUAUGGGGCUCCACCAAAUGGGGCACAGUAUGGGCCUCAGGUACCCUACACCCAGUUCCCUGGGAAGCCUGCAUACCCGAGCCAGCAGCCCCUGCCCAGCCCCACCUACGGCCCCCCAAACCCGGGUGCCAUGCGGCCAAAUGGACCCUAUCCUAAUGGCCAGAACCCAUACAUGAACCAGGGUCAGUUCCCGCCAACACGGCCAACUAUGAACGGUCAGACAUACAACCACUUCAGCUCCAGUCCUACACAAAACAACUUCCAGCCAAACAACAACAUGAACUACCCACAUUCUCCGUUGUCAGGCAACCCGACCCCACCAAUGACCCCUAACAGUGUCCCCUACCCACCAGAUGUGAAACCCAACAUGAUAGCACCGGUGGCUAUAAAGAAAGACGUGGAUGAGUUACGUUUAACGUUCCCAGUGCGUGAUGGUGUCGUGCUCCCACCAUUCAGACUGGAACACAACCUGGCAGUGAGCAACCAUGUCUUCCACCUCCGAGAGUCUGUCUACCAAACACUCAUGUGGAGAUCUGACCUGGAGCUACAGUUGAAGUGUUUUCACCAUGAAGACAGACAGAUGAACACAAACUGGCCAGCCUCGGUGACAGUGAGUGUAAAUGCCACGCCCCUUCAGAUAGAACGUGGGGAACACAAGACCGCCCACCGACCACUAUACCUGAAGGAAGUGUGUCGACCCGGUCGCAACACCAUACAGAUCACCGUGACUGCAUGCUGCUGUUCACACCUGUUUGUGUUACAACUGGUACAUCGGCCGAGCGUGAGGUCUGUUCUGCAGGGUCUGUUACGUAAGAGAUUGUUGCCUGCGGAACACUGCAUCACUAAAAUCAAAAGAAAUUUUACAAGUGCUGCGUCGAACAACGGCAUGGCAAACGGAGAUGAUGGGGUGGAACAGACAGGCAUCAAAAUCUCGCUUAAAUGUCCGAUCACUUUCCGACGGAUAGCCCUACCUGCACGUGGCCAUGACUGUAAACACAUACAGUGUUUUGACCUGGAGUCGUAUCUGCAGUUGAACUGUGAGCGAGGCCAGUGGCGGUGUCCCGUCUGCAAUAAGCCUGCGUUGCUGGAGGGUCUUGAGAUUGACCAGUAUAUCUGGGGCAUCCUUACCAACCUGAAUAACACAGAGUUUGAGGAGGUGACCAUCGACCCCACUGCCAGCUGGAAACCUGUACCGAUGAAAAACAUAAAGGAGGAGGAUGCUACUCCUGAUUCAUGUGCGCGAUGGUUGAAGGCAAUGUCACCAGCAAGCAUGCAGCUCCCCACCAUGAACAACUGGGACAUGGGACCCCAACACUCGCCAUACAAUAACAUGAACACUUCUUCAGGUCCACCAUACUCAUCAGGAAACUUCACAGGAGGUCAGUCAGGCGGUCCAGGCACACCAGGCUCUUACCCACAGAACGUUCCCAGCCCCCAGAAUGGCAGCUUUAACAUGCUUCCCAUGUCACCCAUGAACAAUACCAUGGCAAACUUGACUAUGAACAGUGGUGGUGAUAUGAUGAACAAAGGCAUGAAUCCAUCGAGCCAAAGUCAAGGUCAAUACCCACUCUCACCACCCGCCAACUCCCCACUCGUCCGUCACACAGACCAAGUCAUGAAUAACAAUACAGUCACCUCUACCAACACGAGCCAACCACAGUCCAUGAAUAACCAUGUCUCGUCCAAUGGGACGUCCCUCCCUCCACAGCAAGUCACACCCUGCAGCCAACCAAACACCUCUGUAGGCGAUGACCUUAAUUUUGACCCCACCGCCAUCAUUGACGAUGAUGGUUCAGGUCCUACCCUCGAUGUAAGUUGUCUUGACACGUUGGGAGGAGAUCCCCUGGAGUUGUUAUCAUAUCUCGGGCCAACAGACGACUCGGACAACCCUCCAAACAGUUCCAAUGUCACAAACACUACAGCCUCAAAUAACGAGGACAUUCUUUCUCUGUUUGACUCAUAGCUACGGCAUGACAACAUGUCAUUGUUUAUUUAUUCAAAUCAAAACGUACACUUACGCAAUUGUGGCAGGAAAUUGAAGAAUAAUGCUGUGAUGAAGGGUUAGAAGUGUGAAAAUGGCAAACUGGAAUUUGCUGUAAAUUCAGUGAUACUUGCAGCAUUGGUGUGAUGACGUCAGAGGGACAUGUUGUUGCUGAACAUGACGGCAGUAUUAAGGGCGUGAGUGUACAGCGGGCAUCUCCGAUGUCGUACAAUGGACUAGCAGUGCUAACUGAGACAGCAGCUGGAAUGUCUCUAUACUUCGUGAUAAUGCUGUAAAGCAUAAACAAUGUGCUAUAGGCCAGUGAUUGCGGGGCAGUGCUUCGUUGGUAUUUGUUACGUUUUACUUUUAGGUGUUAUUUAGAUUUGUUCAACCGAAAUGGUGCAAGAUGAAAAUGGCAUGGUUACCGGAGUUGUUGGAUAGAGGGUGCAUAAUGGUAAGACAUUGGUCAGUGAAACCAAAACCAAUCUCCUGUUGAUUGCUGACCUCACCAUGUGUACUGGAUGCAACAAAUAAUGAAGUUCUGAAAACAGCAAAGGAUUCUCAGUCGAGGAUGAGUGAUCUCAAAACAUACGCGAAAGGUGUUAAUUUUGAAAUAAAGUGGUUGCAAAACUUAACUACCGUGCUUAUUGUGAUCUUUAAAUUGACGGUGUGUUUAUUUAUUUGAAAGCCAAGACAGUAUUGUGCCCAAAAUAUUAUUAACUUUGUGCCUGUGUUACUCAGUUAAGUGUAGUUAAGUAUGUACUUACAAUAUCAGAAGACUACUGGAAUCCCUGGGAGGUUGUUGAUGUAGUACAAACUAUGACUGGAAACUGAAAUGUUUCCAAACAACAUUGUGGGAAGGGUUGCCAUCCUACGGCAACUCAAUUUGUAUGGUUUUAAGAGAGAUGUGUUUGUGUAAAGGAGAUAUAUUAUAGUUAAUUUACUUUUGAUAGGCAGCAGAGAGUACUAUAAAUGUGUUGACCAUGGUAUCAUUAUAACAAUGAAAAAGCAUCUCAAGUCUCGAAUGACAAUAAUUGUAUUUAACUAUAUAUAAAGUUCUCGCAAAGCGAAUAUUUUAUCCUUGUUGUUAAGAAUUGUUCAAACUCAGCAAAGCAACAGAACAUUGUUCUCAUUUUUGUCUGGCAAAUUGUUAUUCUUGUUGAAGAUUGUACAUGUUUUGUCAUCUUGGAUUCAUUUAAUGUCAAUUUGGUGGCUACUUGUUAAUGUACAGAUAAAUAGCAAUAUUAAAACUUUGAUGCAAUAGAACUAAAAUUAGGUGUGUGUGCCUACGUUGCUUAUAAGUAAUACUAAAUAAUGUUCAUCAGAAGCAUUUAGCAUUACAAACCCUUUAACAAUACAUUUCACACCUGAUCUUAUCGUUGUCUACACUCUGUGGCAAAUGCAAGUCACACAAGUGUUGACAAGUUCCAAGACGAACAAAUUUUAAUACUAUCUUGACAGAAUUCUGAAAAAAUGGAUAUGGCUUUACAAUGUACUAAAUGACCAAACUUAUUAAAUUUUCUGUUAAUACCUCUUCAUUAUUCUCAGGAAGAAACUUCUUUAUGAUGCUGUUGAUGACCUUAGUUUCUAUUUUUUUAGUACAAAAAUUUCUUCUUUUCGAUAGAAUAAUUGAUACACUUAAUAUCUCAGAAAAAGCUUGAAUCCACAAAUCAUAAGGGUAAAGUUUGGGGUAAAUGGAAGAAUCAUGAUGACCAGAGAAAUGUUUAUGGGGGUAAAGAAAAUACAAGUCUUGUCUAUCAGAUAACAUUUUUUUAUCAAUGUGCAUGUUGUAAGCAAUAUAAAACAGGUUUUAAAUCAAAUAAUUACCAUUUGCUUGGAUCAGAUAGUGUAUUAAUUGAACUUUCGCUUUCGUAUUUAUAAUUUUGCUAGCAAUGUAUGUGCUACACAAAGCUUAAAAGUUGGAUGCUUAAUUUUUUUUGUUUUAUGUGAAUUCCUGUAGGGCAGUUAAUAUAUAUAUAUAUAUUUUUUAAUGACAGGUUACACAGAUUGUCUUUUUGCACCAUAAAAUAUAUCAUAAUGACUACACAACUAGUUUUACUGUUAUUUGUGCAAACUGGAACAAAAAUUGUGGUUUCUGGUACAUUAAACAUAUUUUUGAAUGAAUGACGCAAUAUAUAUUGAUAAUUGGCAAUUCUCAUCAUACCAUGUUAUAUCAUUUGAAUGUAAAUUCAUCAUUAAUUUUACACAUAACAGCAAUUUAUGACUUAUUUGAUGUUAUAUUUAUUGAAACAUGUUUUAAUUAUUAUUUUCUGGACAAAUCUUGUAUGUUGGUUGAAAUAUGACCUUUUGUAUAUUUUUCCAUUGUUAUUUAUGUUAAUGUAUGAUGCAUAUUACUGUACAAAGUUUUGUUUAUAUAUUAUUGUUUCUGUAUUUUUAGACAACAGUGGUAGAUAGUUGUUGCUGUAUAUAUGUCCAUAUUAUUAUAUUUAAAUAUUUUGAACAAAAUAUUUCUGACACAUACUGACUAGCAAUUUGGGCUGAACUGGCUGGAAACAUAGAUGUCCAUACAGAUACCAUGUCAAGUGUUUAAAACUAAGGCAAUGUUAUGUUUUGAAUCAACAAUAUAUAUGUAAACUUUUAUUAAACCAAAGUAAUGUCAAAAAUCUGUUAGUUACAUGGGACUGUCUGUGUCAGUAUUUUUUGUGUAUUUUACAUUCAGUGGCCAGUAAAAUCGGAGUUUGUGUACCAGUAUUUUGUAAAUGGAGCUUUAAAACCAACAAACGCAUUCAAUCUUUCAAAUGGCUUUUGAUGUGUUCCCUGUAACUAAUAGAUACAAAAAAGGAAAGCUUUUAUAACAAAUCUCAAACCUAGUUCGUUUAGCAGUCUGUUUCUUGGAUGACAAAGAAAUGUCAAAGAAAACUCCAUAAUGAGUUGCGACUAAUAAGUAAUUUGGAUUAUAAAACUAAGGGAUAUGUGUACAAAUGUAUGGUGUCAUAUUUCCAAGGUCUGACCAGUGUUAGCACGAAACACUCUCAUUACAUUGCUUGGUACAAUCUCUCUUGUUAAGAAUCUUCUUCUCAUUACCACACAUUUAGAAUCUGGUUGUGAAUUUAUUAACAGAACCCUUUCCUGUGAUGGUACACAUCUGCUCUCUUACUGUUAUCUCAAAUGGACUAGAUCACUUGGAAUUGUCAAGGGAUUGCUUUACUGUGACGAGGGGUUACCUUACCAUGAGGGGUUGCCUCACUGUCACAUGGGGUUGCCGUACUGUAACAAGGGGCUGCUUCAUGGUCACUGUCACGCAGGGGUUGUCUUAUCGUCACAAGGGUUUGCCUCACUGUCAUGAGGGGUUACCUUACUUUCACAAGGGUUUGCCUCACUUUAACGAGGGGUUGCCUCACUUUCACAAGGGGUAGCCUCAUGGUUAUGGGUGGUAGCCUCAUUAACACUAGAAAACUGUCACAUGGGGUUUACAAAGGGUUACCUCACUGUCACAAGGGGUUACCUCACUGUCACAAGGGUUUGCCUCACUGUCACAAGGGGUUACCUCACUGUCACAAGGGUUUGCCUCACUGUCACAAGGGGUUUACCUCACUGUCACAAGGGGUUACCUCACUGUCACAAGGGUUUGCCUCACUGUCACAAGGGGUUACCUCACUGUCACAAGGGUUUGCCUCACUGUCACAAGGGGUUACCUCACUGUCACAAGGGUUUGCCUCACUUGUCACAAGGGGUUACCUCACUGUCACAAGGGGUUACCUCACUGUCACAAGGGGUUACCUCACUGUCACAAGGGUUUGCCUCACUGUCACAAGGGGUUACCUCACUGUCACAAGGGUUUGCCUCACUGUCACAAGGGGUUACCUCACUGUCACAAGGGUUUGCCUCACUGUCACAAGGGGUUACCUCACUGUCACAAGGGUUUGCCUCACUGUCACAAGGGGUUGCCUCACUCACAAGGGGUUGCCUCGUGGUCAUGAGUGGUAGCCUCAUUAACACUAGAAAACUAUCAUGAGGUGUUGCCUCACUGUCACGACCGGUUGCCUUAUUGUUACAAGGUAACUGUCACAAGGGGUUGCCUCGAUGUCACAAGCGGUUGCCUCAUUGUCAUGAAGGGGUCGCCUCAUGGUCAUGUGGGUUUGCCUCACUGUCACAAAGGGUUGCCUCACUGUCACGAAGCAUUAAGUGUCAACCUGUCACUUUUGCAAUACAUUUCACUACUUCAGACAAAUGACAUGACAAGAUGGUAUUUAUGAUCAGAAUAUUUGUAAGACAUAAGUGAUAAUCUCCCAUUUGAGUCUCUGUCCCUCCCAUUGUUCAAACCCUUCUGAGAAGGGACUCUUUCAAACCAAAAUAAAGAAUGCAUUAUCAUCAUUGUUUCAAAAUGGCUUUUAAAGUGCAAUUUCACUCAUUUACUGCUAUAUCAAACUUAAAGCGAAAUAUUUGCAAAGAUUGUUGCAUUUUUUACAAAGGAACUUAUUUUUUCUUUGUGGAUGUCGGCAAACUCUGAUGCUAUUUUAACAAGUCUGUUUAUACGUCUUCCAUUCUUUUGACUUGUCCAGUACGUUGUUUCAUUGCAAGCAUUUAAAUUGAUCAGGAACAAAUUCAUAAAGUGGACCGAAGAUUGUUACCCAUUAACUUUACACGUCAUCUAUGAUUUUAUGUACAUUCGCUCAAAUUCUGACCCUCUGCUCACUCCUGUAUAAUCUUGCUCUGUUUCUUAUCUGCAUAAUGUUUGAUUGUUCAAAAUAUUUAAGACCGCAACAAGUUGCUUCAAAUGUCGAACUUCUCUCCAUCAUCAAACAUGAAUGUAUUAAGCUCAUGUUCAUGACAGUAGGUUCAAUAAGAUAUGUUCAAAAGGAUUUCUAAAAUGCAUCUGAUACUUUAAUGUUUUAAACAUACAACAAAAUUAUUUUUGACUAAACAUUUUGGUGAACAUUUUGAUUUGCUUACAAAAUGCAAUAUUGAAUGUUUCUGUAAGAAAUAAACUCAUUCAUAUCGUUUAUAAAUUAUGUUCACAUUUUAAUUGACUAUUGUCAGGUGUACAUUUGAUUAAACAUCAGUCUCGGCAAGUUCAAAGUGUCUAGACAAUUAUCAUCUUUUUUUUCUACAAAAUCUCCCUUUUGAGGUAUUUUCUUUUUGAAUACUGGAUGUAAAUUUUAUGUUUCUGUACAGUUACAAAAUGUGAAAGUGUAGAAGACUUGUGUACAAAGCCGUGCAAUUUGCCUGCUGCGACCAGCGGACAUUGUUUGCACCAGUUACUAUAUAUCUUAGUCCCUUUCAUGUGAUCAUUAUUUAUCUAAUAAAAACAAAAUAUACUUGA